AUACCCCUCCAUGUCUAUCCUGUCAACUUCGACGUAAAUCUCUUUGCGCUUUUUCUGCGUGGGGGCAAGUUCGGCGCUACUCUCCCGUUACCUAUUAGCCUACUCAUUUGAACUAACCCAGCGUCUGGGCAGGAGUAUCUAAAUAUCAAAACAUGGGCUGGCAGAAACCAGGCUGGUUGAUCACCGUUACUUUACUCGGGCUUGCGGUAUCGGUGCAGAGUAUCACACGGGGAGAUUUCUUUCCAUUCGGUGUCACCGCUGGAGACCAGUUGCUGGAACAAGGGAAUGACCAAACGCACCAACUCACCCUAGACAAACCUGUAUUGUUUUACGAUGGAAAAUUCAAGAAGAUUUAUCUCAACACCAACGGCUUUGUUGCCACGGCCAAGCCGAGCAGUGAAGCGACAUACCUGGGCAAGAUGCCGGCUGGGUUCGGCAUGAUCGCAGCUCUGCAUGGGGACCUGGACACGAGUGACGGGGUGGGCAAGGUGUACUUCCGCCAGGACGCCAGCGUGUCUACCUUGCAGCAGGCAGCAGACCACAUCAACAGGGCCUUCCCGGAGGAUGAUGAGGUGGAGCCCAUCCACGUCCUGGUGGUGACCUGGGCAGACGUGGCCUCCUACCAGCCCCACAGCAGAGGAGACAGCCUGGACAGUGUGGACAAGGAGAGAAACACCUUCCAGCUGGUGAUUGCUUCCUUGGAGAGGGCUUCUUUUGCCAUCCUUCUCUACCCGAGGAAAGGGCUGCAGUUUGUCUCCACGCCUGUGAGGGGCAAUAGUGAGAUCCUGCAGGCCGGCUUCAGUAAGGGCCUGGUGAGCUCCUUCCUGUUCAGCAGGCAGGGGCCGUACUACCGCACCACCACAAACCACGAGACGUCUGUCAGGGCUCUAGCUGAGGAGACAAACUCUGGCCAGCGAGGUGUUUGGGUGUACGAGAUGGGCACCUCUCCGUAUUUCACAGACGUGGCCCCAGGCGAGGUGACAGACCUGCCCACGGAGGGCUCUCUGUACCCUGACCAGCAGGAGGUGGAGUACCCCCCCUACCAUCCAGCCCCGGACCCCCAGGAGGAGGGCCCUGUCGGGGGCCAGAUCCCCAUCCACACUGUCCAGUUCCAGCCCCAGCAACCCCACUACCAGCCACAAGACCCCCAGGUGGUGAUUGUGGACGACGGAGGAGACAUCAAUGUUGACGUCUUCUCCUACAACUCUGAGACGUGUGCGAACAACAGGAAGAAGUGCUCCACCUUUGCAGACUGUAAGGACUACGCCAGCGGUUACUGCUGCCACUGCAGGCCUGGCUUCUACGGCAACGGAGUUCAGUGUGUGGCUGAGGGGAAGCCCCAGCGGAUGAACGGUAAAGUGACCGGGAGGGUGUUCGUGGGAAACAAUCCGUCACCCAUGGAGUUCAGCAGCAACGACCUGCACUCGUACGUGGUGGCCAACGAGGGGCGGGCCUACGUGGCCAUCAGCACCGUCCCUGCCAAGCUGGGGCCUUCUCUGCAGCCGCUGUCGGCCCUGGGAGGGGUCAUAGGCUGGGCCUUCGCCCUGCAGCAGCCCGGAUUCAAGAACGGCUUCAGCAUCAUCGGUGGGGAAUUCACUCGACAGGCUGAGGUGACCUUCUCGCCUGGCAACGAGAAGCUGACCAUCAGGCAGGAGUUCAAAGGCAUCGAUGAGCACGACCACCUGGUGGUCAGCACCACCCUGGAGGGCCGUGUGCCAGAGGUUCCCCAGGGUGCCUCUGUGCAGAUAGAGCCCUACUCAGAGAUCUACCAGUACAGCAGCAACAUGAUCACAUCGUCCUCCACCAGAGACUACGUGGUGAGUCAGAGCGGUGUCACCUCAGAGACCAAGACCUACCAGUGGAGGCAGAGCAUAACCUUCCAGAGCUGUGCCCAUGACGAGACCUCCAGCACCUCGCUGCCCUCUCAGAUGCUGCGGGUUGAGCAGAUCUUCGUCAUGUAUGACGUCCCAAACCAGCUCAUUCGCUACGCCAUGACCAACAAGAUUGGAGAUGUCAAUGGGGGUGGCCUGCCAGUGGAGAACCCUUGUUUCACGGGAAGACACGGCUGUGACACCAACGCUGUGUGCCGGCCGGGACAGGGGAACCUGUUCACCUGCGAGUGCAGCGCUGGCUUCAUCGGGGAUGGCCGGACGUGCCAUGACGUUGACGAGUGCAGGGAAACGCCCCAGAUCUGUGGCCUCCACGCCAUCUGCAACAACCAUCCCGGAACCUUCCGCUGCGAGUGUCUGGACGGCUACCAGUUUGCCAGCGAUGGACGGACAUGCAGCGAGGUGAAUCGCCCAGUUGACCACUGCUCAGAUGAAAGCCACAACUGUGACAUCCCUCAGCGAGCUCGCUGCAGCUACACCGGAGGCUCUGCCUUCAUCUGUUCCUGCCUGCCAGGCUUCGUAGGAGACGGACGCAACUGUCAAGACGUGGAUGAGUGCCAGCCCGGCAGGUGUCAUCAGGACGCUGACUGCCACAACACCCAGGGAUCGUUCACCUGCCACUGCAGGCCAGGUUUCUACGGCGAUGGAUUCUACUGCACCUCAGAGAGGACAAAAACCCAGUGUGAGACCCACAGAGACAGACUUCUGGGCUCUACUGAGUUUGGCCCCCGAGGGCCACGCCCUGUCCCUGGCCAGUACGUCCCCACCUGCGAUCCCCAUGGAGCCUAUGAAGCCACCCAGUGUCACGGCAGCACGGGACACUGCUGGUGUGUGAACCGCAAUGGGCAGGAGAUCCCAGGGACCCGAACUGGACCUGGGAGCAGACCGAUGUGCAUUGACCAAGAGGUCAUUCCCCCACCGGUGGGACCCACUACCAGGCCUGAUGUGUCCCCUCUGCCCCCGGGAACACAUCUUCUGUUUGCCCAGAGUGGGAGGAUUGAGUUUGUCCCUCUGGAGGGGUAUGACAUGAAGAAGAGUGAGUCCAAGGCCGUCCUCCACCUACCUGAGAAGAUAAUCAUCGGGGUGGCGUACGACUGCGUGGAGAAGAUGGUGUACUGGACAGACAUAACAACCCCUUCCAUCAGCAAGGCCAGCCUGCAGGGGGGAGAACCCAUUCAAGUCAUCAGAUCAGAUCUGGAGAGCCCGGAGGGGAUUGCGAUAGACCACUUGAGCCGGACACUGUUUUGGACGGACUCUAUGAAGGACCGGAUCGAGGUGGCGUCCCUGGACGGGACUCAGAGACGUGUCCUGGUGGACACUGAGCUGGUGAAUCCCCGGGCCAUCCUUGCUGACCCCACCAGAGGAAACCUGUACUGGGCUGACUGGAACCGGGACGCCCCCAAAAUCGAGACCUCUUACAUGGACGGGACCAACAGGAGGGUCCUGGUGAAGGAUGGUCUGGGCCUGCCUAAUGGCCUGACCUUUGACACCCAGAGCUCUCUGCUGUGCUGGACUGAUGCAGGCACGCAUAAGAUGGAGUGUAUCAACCCAGGCCAGAGUGACCGGAGAAAGGUAAUGGAAGGCCUUCAGUACCCCUUUGGAAUGACCUCUUAUGGAAAGAACAUCUACUAUACUGACUGGAAAAGGGAUGGAGUGAUCGCUGUGGACCGGAACACUGGGAGGGAGACGGAUGAGUUUCAGCCUCAGAAGCGAACACGCUUGUACGGGAUCACAACAGCCUACGCACAGUGUCCAUCGGGACAAAACUACUGUACCGUGAACAAUGGAGGUUGCACGCAUCUCUGCUUAGCCACUCCUGUAGGACGCUCCUGCAUGUGUCCCAAAAACACGGUGGGCGUAAGCUGUGUGGAGAGAGAGGGGAGGUACUGAGGUACACGUGUCAAGAGCUCUGAGUGACCUCAAAUGUCCUAUCUGAUGUUGAGUCAGGCUGCCACUUGUUCUAAACUAUAGCUGUUUAAAAAAACUUCACUGAAAUCCUGCUGUGCAUUUUAUGACGAAAAAAAACACAACUUUUUUCCAUCAUCCCUUUAUAGUUUUUUGGGGAAUUGUUCAUACUGAAUACAUAUUUAUCAAUACAUUUAUAGGUGCUGACAUUUUGAAUAUCUUGAAUAUCUCAAGGAAUAAAUUGAAUGUGAAGUUAGUUAAAUCAAACACUCAUCUCCUAGCUUUGUGAUAUGAUGUUGGCAUAUGCAACUCAUUCCAUAAUUAGGAUUGAAGUAUAAUAGUGCUAAAGAAUUGACUGUAUUGGAGGGGAAGAUAAGUUUACAUUCUGUGCAGCUAUCCAAUAAAUAAAAACUUUUUUAACAAUG